AUGAAAACGAUCGCGUGUCUCGUCUUCGCUGGCGCUCUGAUCGCUUGCGCCGUGGCUAUGAUCACCGAUGAGCAGCGUGAUGCUGCCCGGCAGCUGGCGGGCAAGUGUAUGCAGCAGACGGGCACCUCGGAGGAGGAAGUGAACCGGCUCCGUUCGGGAGAGACGGCCGAUGCGAACCGCAACGCUCGCUGCUUCGUCCAGUGUUUCUUCCACGGAGCCGGGUUCGUCGACGGGGACGGUAACGUGCAGACGGCGGAGCUGACCGAGAAACUGGCCGGAGAGUAUGGGCAGGAGAAGGCCGACGAGCUGGUCCGUCGGUGCCGUGAUAACGCCGGUCCGGAUGCCUGCGAGCGAUCGUUCCGUCUGCUGGAGUGCUACCUGGAGAACCGGGCCUCGCUGAUGUACUAA